GCAAGCAGAGCAGAGAACAAGGAAGCAACAUGUGCUGACCAUAAUAACUCUUACACAUCAGCACGGAGAGACACGCAACCACGAUACGAGAAGGAGCCGAGGACACGCACCGGCCGCUGGACAUUCACGCACUGUACUGUUUCCUUCUGUUCUUUCACCACAUCAUGAAAAGAGAGGUGAAGGCUGGAGUCAACUUCCUCAAACGCCUGGUUGUGGCACGUGGCAAGCUCGAUGAAGCCAAAGCAGAAUUGUUUUCUGAGAAACUGCAGAAACUUUUAUGUGACAAAUAUGAGGGUCACUGGUACCCCGACUGCCCCAGCAAAGGGCAGGCAUACAGAUGCAUCCGUGUAAAUAACGGCGUGCUCUGCGAUGAAGUGGUCCUGAAGGCAUGUGAGGAGAGUGAGCUCACAGCCACUGAGCUGGGCCUACCGCCUGAGAUCACAGUGUGGAUCGACCCGCUGGAGGUGUGUGCGAGAUCUGGAGAGAACAGCAGGCCCUUCACUAUAACCAGUUUCGAAGACGAAGAGGAGGGGAGGGAAGGCGUGAAGGGAGAACAGGAUGACUCGAUAAACCUGGACACGUCAGAUUACCACUCUGCUACCUCUUCAGAUUGUGGUUCCACCGCGUCGAGUGACACGGAGGAGGAGGCAAGGGAGGGCGCGAUGGAGGGAGAGCAAGAAAAAGAGGAGAAGGAAGUUGUCAAGAAGGACGCGGCAGAAGGCGACACCUACACAAUAAUGAUGGUACCCAGGAUUCGCAAGCGACAGGGAGAAGGACCAAAUAAGAUCAAAUACGUCAGAAAUUUGCUCCCUGCUAGCCUCCAGUACUAUUACCACCCUGCACCAGUUUGGCCUCAGUACAAGAAGGGCGCUCCAGUGUUCCUCACCACAGUGUGCGCACCUCCGGCUCCUCCGCCUCCGCCCCAGCAGGUAUUUGGCUACUACAUCUUGCCGCAGCCAUCUCCGCAGUUCAUCCUGCCUCAGGCCAGUCUGCAGCCGUGGGGAGCUGUGAAGGGUUAGACCAUCCAGGAACCCGUGGGGUGAAGGCGGAUAGAGCAUUAUAAGCUCCUUCAACUGAGCCGUUUCCUGUCAGGUCUCUGAGUUCAGCUAAACCUGGGCCAAAAAGAACAUUUUCACUGUAUAGCUCACUGUUGUUCCUUGCACAACCUGUAAUAAUUUGUCUCUCCUUUUGAAUUCCAUUGCGUUGUAAUUGAUUACUUGUACUCAGCACAGAGAUACCACUGAACUUAUGUGAAAACUCUUUCCUGUUAAGUCUGCACUGCUAAUGUUUUUUUUUUUUUUUUUACAUACUGUACACGUUAAGAAUGACUUCAGUCACCGGGUGCUUGGACUAACUCAGGGACUCUCAGCAAUAUGCUCAAUGCCAAAUAAUUGUCUUUUCAGGUGUUAUUUCUAUUAAUUCAAUCUCUGUCAGUUUCACCAGAUGUGGUCCACUGUGUGUACUUCACAGUUAAUCAAUGUAAAAUGUGAUUCAGGGUUUUAAUCUAUUGUAGCUAGAGUGACAAAAAUCUGUAUAUUAAGAAAAAUAUUUUUACUAAACUGCUUGUAAAUAAUAGAGAACUUAGAUACCACACACUUUCUAAUAUUAGUCUUUUUGUCUUAAUUUAUUUGGCCACCAGUGGAUGGCGCUCAACUCACAGCUAAUACAUGAAAUUGUAUUUUUUUUUAUUUUUUAUUAACAGUUGCUGCUGAAUAUUGCAAAUCUAACUUCACAGAACACAAGCAUGGUUUUAAACUGCUUAAACUCUUUCUGCUGUCAACAAAAUGCAAAGACAUGCUUCUUAUUCAGGUGAAAUUUAGGGGCUGCUUAAAGCUGUGUCUAAAAGAAAAAAAAUAAAGUUUUAAAGUUUUUGAAAAUCCGCUACCAGUAUAUAUUCUGAAUACAAUCACGUUUCACUCACUGAUUCUUAUGUACUGCGAUUAUUUAAUUAUUUGGAUGUAUAUUUAUUUACUGCCCACGCAGCUUUGAAGCUCAUCUGCCUACUUAAACAUUGUUUUUCUUUUGCAUUUACUUUUUUUUUUUUACUGCAAUGGAUUAAAUCACCCUCUACCUGUAAUUUGAAGUUGUGUUUCUUAUAUAAUCAGUACUCUUGAGUGCAGAGUUGAUUGGUGCUGCGUGUUAAGAGUUGUCUGUGUUUUCUCUCAUAAAAAUAAUGUGUAAUUGACUUAGAAAGCACCUGUCAGGCUGAACACUACUCAAACUCAUGCUGUCAGUCAGAGCUGUGAGGACAGUCAUUAUACCGUCAGCAGGAUGCUGCAGCGGAAGGACUCUUGUGUGCCGGGUGCGUCAUUUAGCCCAAGGUCAUGACGUUGUUCCUCCUUUAACAGGCCUGGUAAAUAGGGUGAGGGAAGAGUUUGUGUGUUACUUAUUGUUUGGCCUACGGUGGAAUUACCUUUUGAAUUCACUUGAAGGAAAUGAAAGGGCAUCUUGGCUACUCAGAUUGCCAAAACACAGAUACCAUUAAACAAUGAAAAGUAAAGUAGGCAUAUUUACAGGUAUAAUUAAGAAAGACUACAGACAGAGCACCAAAAAACACCUGUAAAAUCCCAUUUAAAAUGGAUGACUACAGAGUAGAAGCCACGAAAGUCAUAAGUCAUUGCCAGUCUCAGUGAACCCUGAAGAAUAUUUCGAGUAGACCACGGCAAGUCAGUUAUUCAACCACCAGAUGUCCCACUGUAGCUAUUGAGGAACACCAUUGUUGCAGUGCGUUACCAAAAAUAAAAUAAAAACCUUGAAGUGCA